AUGCUCGUUCCGGGAGUGAUCGCGUUUUUCGUCGCUUUCUUGUGCUCACUGUCUUGUGUCACCGCCGCCCGUUGCCCACUUAAGCCAAAUUUUGUCUCAUCAGCCACAAGCGUUGGAGUCCCAAAUGCCGGUGGUGCUUGUCCAGUGAACACCGUUUGUAUCAAUGAUGCGGGCACGGAUAAAUGCUUUGCCUGCACGGACACGAAUACAAAGUGCGCUGAUCUGAAAAUUAAUGGUUAUUGCGCGAAUCAGGCAAUCGAUUUUGAGAUUCGAGCAAAGAAUUGCGCAAAAACUUGUGCUUUCUGUGACUCGAAUGGGGAAUAUUUUCAAACUGAAGCAAGAACUUUUAUAGUCUCCGAGAAUGGUUAUUGUCCACCGGAUUAUAUUCUUGGAGCUUUCGGUCUUUGCCUGGAACAGGAACAGGUUCAGACAACCGUAUCAUCUGGC